UAUCUCUCUAUCCAUGGACCCAAACAUUAUUGCUGCCUCUUCUACCUCUGAUAUUCAAUCCCUCUCAAAUACACAACUUUGACAUUAUUUUCCAACUUGUUUUAAGUCUGUCAAAUAAUAACCAACACUUUACACCAUCACCAUAGCAACAAACAGUGAAAUUCCACAGCAAUCAAACCCAAACACACCCAAUCUUUCUUCAUAAUAUUCCCUCAAAAUUAGUCAUGUCAGAAUCCAAUAUUAUUGGAUCAUACCCACCUAUAUUCCGCUCAUCAUCCAAUGACACGACUCAAAAACUCGACCUGAAAGACAGACAGGUUGUAGUAGGGGCAGGGACCUUGGACCUCCCACAUCCGUCCCUGCCCCUACCCCUGCCCGUAAUCGAUAUGCAGUGUUUGAAUUUUGAAAAACUUGACAUAGCAUGUAGGGAAUGGGGAAUAUUUAGAUUGGAAAAUCAUGGGGUUCCAAGUAAUCUUCUAAGGCAACUAAAGGAGCAUGCCAAAACAUUAUUUGAGCUACCCUUUGAAACCAAACAAGGCCUUGAUAAAAACUGCCCUAUAAAAUACUUUUGGGGUACUCCUGCCCUUACUUCUUCAGGAGUUCCCGUUCCAAGAACAACUGAUGCCCUUAAUAUGGAUUGGGUUGAAGGUCUUAAUUUUCCUGUUAAUCAACUUCAUCAACAUCAACACUUUCAUCAUAAUCCUUUGAUCAAUGAUUUCAGGAAAUUAUUGGAGGAUUAUAGAGGACAUCUAACUAGAAUCGCCUCGACAAUAUUUGAAGCCAUAAUAGAAAACCUCAAACUCGAUUUACAAGUACUUCAAUCAUGUUUAGAUGAAUCAACGGGAAUAAUCCGAGUUUAUCGUUACCCUCGACGUACCAUUACCGAGCAUGUUAGGGGUUUGCAUGAGCACACAGACAGUUCUAUUAUCUCAAUAUUGAGCGAAGAUCAAGUGGGUGGCCUUCAAUUUUUCAAGGAUGACCAGUGGUUCAAAGUGACGCCUAUCCCUAGCACAUUGGUUGUUAAUCUCGGAGACAUGAUGCAGGUUUUGAGUAAUGACGGAUACAAGAGCGUGAAGCACAAGGUGGAGCUAAACAAGAACAAGGAAAGAGUGUCAAUAUGCUAUUUUGUGUUUCCAGAGAAUAACACUUUGAUAAAUAGCUCAAAUUACAAGCCUUUCACUUACAAUGAAUUUCGAGCUCAAGUUCAGCAAGAUUUAAAAUUACAUGGUUGGAAAAUUGGUCUCCAAAACUUCAAGCUUCAACAACUUUCUUAGUUGCUUAGUUUAGAUUUUAAGAACAAUACUAAUUCAGUGUAUGUACUAUUUUGAGCAAUACCACAUACUUAGCUUUAGCCAAGAAAACAAUGUCUUAUACUCUUAUAGUCCUGUGUUACCAAAAGUAGUAUUAGUAUUCUUCUUUUUUGUUUGAGGAGAUAAUACUCCGUACUUCCGCAGUAUUCAUCUUACUUCCAUCAUUAGUUUUGUUAUUUCCAGGUGAAUAUAAUGCAAGUGAUUACUUAUAAUAAAUAAAUGUAAAUAUAAAUAAUACGGAGUACUUUUGUUGUGUCAUAAA